AUGCCCGCGGUAGCGCCGAUGCCGCCUGCGGUCGCGUCGUCGCCUCACUUGUUUAGCGACGACAUCGAUGGCUGGGACGACCUCUUCGCCAUCUCACGGCAAAUGGGGCUCAUGUCGCUCGGCGGCGACCAGCACCGUUGCGGCUACAUGGCUAACGACGCCUCCCAGCUGAGCUACCAACCGACUGGGACGACGACGGCGGCGGCGGCGUCUAUCCAGGUGUUCAUCAACGGUGUGGUGUACGAGGUGCCAGGCGGUGGCGCAUUGUUGGACUUGGCUGGCACGUUUGGGCAUGACGCGAUGCUGGUUCACUCCUCCGGCGAGAUCCUACCGGUGAACGAGAACGGCAUCCUCAUGAAGAGAUUGCAGAUGGGGGAAUGCUACUACCUGCUACAGCAAGCUAUUGGAAGUGUUCAAGAGAUCAAUGCUGAAUUCCAAGCCAAACAAAUCAAGAAGGUCGUCCAAGGGCAACGAAUUGAAUCUGAUUCUCCUUUUUAUCUCCGGGUUACCAUGGCUACGCUAGCAACAAGGACCACGGCAACAUCCACAGUCAGUGACCCGCAACAGUAA